AUUCAAUGCUUGCACCCUCACAGCUCGGGGCGAGGGGUAGUGGGAAGGAUGAGGGCUGCUGCAGGUGCCUCCGUGCGAAGAAGUGUGGUGACGAAGCUCGAAACAGCCCCGCCCAAGUCCCCCGACGCUCCGCCAAGGCACGCCCAAAGAGGUUCCACUUCACACUCUAGCCACGACGAUCCCAACACCAACAGACACCCGACAUGCCGCCCAAGUCCAUACUCAAGAACACGACUGUCUCCACAAACGGGCCCCCUGCGAAGAAACCCGUGAACCCGCGCCACCUUGCAGUCGCCCGCCACCAUGCGACGGUACUUGAAGAUCGCAAGCGCGUCGAGGCAGAGGUGCUCGAGGCUGUCAUGACACUGAUGGACUAUCCCACCUCGCCCGAUGCAGAUGCUAAGCGACCAUCACCCUCAGAUGCGCACUUCUUUCAAAAGGCCGUCAUUCCCUUUCAGCCUGCCGACUAUGAUGCUCUCAUCGAGGAGCGCAACAUCGCCGACAAGUGUGGCUAUGCGCUUUGCCCAAAACCAAAGAAGAAGGCGCGAUCCACUGCAAGGAAGCAGUUUGUUGACACAGACCACGGUGUGCAGAUAGUAGACAGAAAGGUGCUAGAGGUGUGGUGUUCAGACGACUGCGCAAGACGCGCACUCUACGUCAAGGUGCAGCUGAACGAAGAGCCUGCGUGGAUGCGGCACGGGGGAUACGGCGACAAGAUUGAGCUCAUGGUGGACAAUGCCGAUGAACACCAGAAGGCUCUACCGUUACGUCUGAAGCAGGAAAGCGCGACCACGGCCCAUGUAGACGAAGACGCAGACCUGGAUGCAGCCUGGGCUGCUCAAGCGGAUGCUAUGAAGGAUCUGGCGCUCGAACGGGGGGAGAAACCAGGUAACCUAACCAAGGCAAACAACGAUCUCAUCCAAGACCAGAUUCUCGAGCGCUCAUCUAGCAGCGCGCCGCCACAGCCACCCUCGCUUCCUUCCCAAACAUCUGACCAUACCAUGGCCAUCGAAGGGCACGUUCCACGUAUCAACCGCAAAGAAAAAGACGACGAUGAUGAGGACGACGACCAAGACUGGGAUAAGCACCUGCCUGGGUGAGCUGCCAUGAUCAAGGUCUUGUCGUAUCAAGGUCCCCACUCAUCGGUGCGCACGCGUCCAUGAGACUACCAUGAAAACCACAAAACGUUCAACUCGCAAAACACAUUCGAUAGACCAUGAGGAUAGAACCUAUUGGCCGAGUACAUUUGUAGAGAGAGAUCCCAGCCUGGAAAACGGUGGGAAUCGUUUUGCACUCAGUAGAACAGAAGUCAUUCUUGAAACCCUGCUGCCAAAGCGCAAAGUCAAGAAGGCUCAGGAUAUGUCUUAGCAAGGCUGCUCUUUAUGGAUAGUCGCAGAUUAGCCACUGCGGAAAUUAAUGUCUACAAAUCCUAUAUUUUCA